AUGUCAGUGGCAGUGAAACGAUCUCCAGAAACAGAGAUUGAUCCGGCCAAGCGGUCGCGCACUCAGCCAACCCAAUUCGAGGAAGACCUUACCAGGCUUCAUUCGCAAAAAGGCCAGUCCGUCGAUCAGAUUUGGGCCCGUCCAGAGGUGCCCAGCGACUUUCGUUCAAAGGAUAUAGUGUUCCAACAGAUCGAUGCAGAGGAAACUACGCUCAAUGGAGAGAGCACUGUUCGUCUCUUUGGCGUCACGGAUACAGGCAACUCUAUCAUGUGCGAUGUCACAGGGUUCCUACACUACUUUUAUGUUCCCGUACCGAUUUUGAGAGAUGGCGCCAGCGAGCCAUUUACCGACGAGGAUGUUCGUGAAUUUGCAGCAUACUUGCGGGAGCAGUUUCCUGGUCUCGCAAAAAUUGAAAUUGUCAUGAAACAGAGCCUCUGGGGCUACCGAUCAGAACACAAGAGCCCAUUUUUCAAGAUCUUCGGUCGGGACCCCAUGGCGGUGACCAGAAUGCGUUCAUCUUUUGAGCACAACAAUAUCCAGUUCAAGCGGUACGAAUUCAGCCAACAAACUUAUGACAACAUCUCCUAUACCUUGCGAUGCACCGUGGACUGUCAUAUCACCGGGAUGUCCUGGUUGACGCUACCGAAAGACAAGUACGUUGUUGUGCCAGACAAUAAACGGCAAGCUAGAACUCAAUUGGAAGUUUCUGUUUCUUUCAAAGAUUUAAUUGCACAUUCUCCUGAUGGUGAGUUCUUAAAGUCUGCUCCCCUGCGGGUACUGAGUUUCGAUAUCGAGUGCGCUGGCCGCAAGGGUAUUUUUCCCGACCCUGCUAUCGAUCCGGUCAUCCAAAUCGCUAAUAUGGUUCAAGUCCAAGGUGAGAAAACACCGUUUAUUCGAAACGUGUUCACAGUUGGUACCUGCUCGAAAAUUGCUGGCACUCAAGUACUAGAGUACGAGCGUGAACAAGAUCUACUUACGGACUGGUCCAAGUUCAUGAAUGAAGUCGACCCGGACGUGAUUAUUGGCUAUAACACGUCAAACUUUGAUUUCCCCUAUCUUAUUAACCGUGCGGAGGCUCUCAAGCUGCGGCAGUUCCCAUAUUUUGCCCGUCUUAAGCAUGUUCAAAAUGUCGUGUCGCUCGAAAAGUUCUCAUCCAAGGCUUAUGGUACUCUUGAGAAUAAGGCUACCAACGUAGAUGGUCGUAUUCAAAUCGAUAUGCUUCAGUAUAUCAGACGCGAAUACAAGUUGCGAAGCUACUCACUGAAUUCUGUUUCGGCACAUUUCCUCGAGGAGCAGAAAGAAGACGUCCACCACUCCAUCAUUACUGAAUUACAAAAUGGAAAUGCAGAGUCCCGUCACCGCUUAGCUGUUUACUGCUUGAAAGAUGCCUACCUACCGUUGCGUUUGAUGGACAAGCUUAUGGCCUUGGUCAAUAUGACAGAAAUGGCUCGUGUAACCGGUGUGCCUAUCUCAUAUCUCUUGAGUCGCGGUCAGCAAAUCAAGGUUAUUUCACAACUUUUCCGCAAGGCACUCGAAGUUGGGAUGGUUGUUCCUAACAUGAAGCAAGAGGGCUCUAGUGACGAACAAUACGAGGGUGCCACGGUCAUUGAACCUGUUAGGGGCUACUAUAGCAUGCCCAUUGCCACGUUGGAUUUCAGCAGUCUGUAUCCGAGUGUUAUGAUGGCUCACAAUCUCUGUUAUACAACACUUAUUGAAGAUCGUUCAACCAUUGAUCGGUUGAAUCUCAAAGAAGGAGAGGACUACAUUCGCACACCCAAUGGUGAUCUCUUUGUCACAACCAAGAUCAGAAGAGGACUUUUACCGAUAAUUCUUCACGAACUGAUCUCAGCUAGAAAGCGAGCAAAAGCAGAUCUCAAAAACGAGACGGACCCUUUCAGACGUGCCGUGUUGGAUGGCCGACAGUUGGCGUUAAAGAUCUCUGCAAACUCCGUCUACGGUUUCACCGGUGCCACUGUGGGAAAAUUACCAUGCCUUGCCAUCUCUUCUUCCGUAACUGCGUUUGGACGGCAAAUGAUCGAGCAUACAAAGAGUAUGGUAGAGAAGCAUUAUACGACCAAGAACGGAUACGAUUUUGACGCCCAGGUCAUCUAUGGCGACACAGACUCCGUUAUGGUCAAAUUUGGUCCACAAGAACUCGAAAAAUGUAUGGAGCUAGGUAAAGAAGCUGCCGAUCUAGUAUCAGAGACCUUCGUCAGCCCAAUCAAACUCGAAUUCGAGAAAGUCUACUUCCCUUAUCUGCUAAUCAACAAGAAGCGCUAUGCUGGAUUGUAUUGGACACGACCAGACAAGUUCGAUAAAAUGGAUACAAAGGGUAUCGAGACAGUCAGGCGAGAUAAUUGCCAGCUCGUACAGAAUGUGAUUGAAACAGCACUAAAUCGUAUUCUGAUCGACCGAGACGUCAAGGGUGCGGAAAAGUAUGUGAAACAGGUUAUCUCAGACCUCUUGCAAAAUCGUAUUGACUUGAGCCAGCUUGUUAUCACCAAAGCGCUCACCAAGGACAACUACGAUGACGGCGAUAAACAAGCUCACGUUGCGCUGGCGAAGCGAAUGAGGGCUCGAGAUCCCGGAUCUGCCCCGACAUUAGGUGACCGUGUAGCAUACGUCAUUAUUCGAGGCGCUGCAGGCAUGAAGAAUUACCAGAAAAGUGAAGAUCCAAUCUAUGUUCUCGAACAUAACAUCCCCAUCGAUACAGAAUACUACCUGAGCAACCAACUCAGCAAGCCCCUGCUACGUAUUUUUGAGCCUAUUCUUGGCGACAAAGCAAACCAGCUGUUGACGGGUGCACACACUCGUACCAUUUCUAAAGUUACGCCAACAACCGGCGGACUUAUGAAGUUCGCUGUCAAAACAGAGCUGUGUAAAGGCUGUAAGCGUCCUCUGAGGGGCGCAUAUGCUAAAGGAGCUGUUUGUGAAAAUUGCAUUGACCGAGUGCCCGAACUAUAUUUACAUUCGCUUGCAGAUCUGAAUGGCGUACAAGAGAAGUUUGCCCGUCUAUGGACACAGUGUCAACGCUGCCAAGGUAGUCUACACCAAGAUGUCAUUUGCUCGUCAAAGGACUGUCCUAUUUUCUUUAUGAGGAGAAAGGCACAAAAAGAAGUCGAAACGUCGGAGAGUGAGCUCCGCAAGUUUGACUUUACGGAGUGGUAA